GUGCAUACAACACACUCUCUCCCCUCUUCUGCCCCUUACAAUCGCCCCGUCUGUUUGACGACGACACCGAUUGAUCCGAAAGCAGCCCCCCUGCUUACACAGCUUCCAUUACUGGUUGCAAAGGGGAUUUUUCUCCGUCGUCGAUGAUUCAUUGGUGAUUCUGCUUGAAAGUCAGCCUACCGUGGAAAAGUUCCUUCACACCAAACGACGUAUCUAAUCGCGAAGACGCAGCGAUGCAUGGCAUCUUCUCGAUUUUUAAGAAGAAACCGGCUCCGCAAGCGGUUGUCGUGAAAUCGAGCACCAGAGAGGAGACUUCACCGACUAGACACGAGAGUUUUUGUAAUGUCGAUGAACUUAUGCACACGGAGCCAGAAGUGAAACCAAUUUACAUAAACGAAGAGCCAAAAUCUAGAAAGUCAACGUGUACAAGCGAGGCACCAAAGUCUAGGAAAAAAUACGCUGCUCCUUCAGCACCGGAGCCACCGAAACAGGAAACAGUUGAAGUUGUGAAACUCGAGGAACCGAAAUCGAAUCUAGAUACUGAGAACAACACGAAGAUAGAACCUCCCAACGACGAAGGAUUUAGGAGCCCAUCACCAGAGCCAAAUAGGGUGUCCGAAAUCGUACAAGAAACAUUGGAAACGAAAAUGGAAGUUGAACAACACCCAGAAAAGAAGAAGUUACCGGGUGUCUACGGAGUCAUUCACUACACUCCACAGAGCACAAUUCGAUCAAGAAACAAGUCGCUUGAAAGAGUUGGGGGCGAUUCAGAUGUUCCAUACGUGGAAAGGAAGUCCAACAUCAGUCUUAGUGGAAUGCUUAAAACCAUUCCCGUCUCACAAUUCGACGGCACUAUUGGCAGACAACAAAGGAAAGAAGCGGCACCGGCACCACCACCACCAGCAUUGCCAUCGUCUCCUCCACCUUCUCUAUACGAACAACAUCAACUCAGCCAUUCAGCAGUGGUUCCUGACACGAUUAGAAACUCUUCGGAGCCAAUGUGGGAAGAUAACAGAAGUGUGCGGAAUGGAGCAGCCACUAUGGAGAGAAGCUCGCCCGCGCCUUAUAGGUCGGACUCCAACGGAAGUAGCGGAACUACACGAGAAGUAGAGGUCGCCUCCGACAUGAAUUUGUCUUUUUCGGAAAGGGUGGAUAAUAGCGAAAUGAUGCAAGAAAUAUCGACGUCAGAUGACACCACCUACGAUGACGACAUGAUCGAAGCAGCAGAGAUUACAAGAGAGUUUGAGACACUAAAAAUGAAGUUUGAACGAUGGAAAGCGCUACAAGCGGCUAAUCGAAAUUCAGCGGAGGCGAGGCAAUUGCACAUGGAAAUCAUGCAUCAGAACGACACCCUGAUGAAGAAACUUCAACAAACUACUGAUAUGGCAGGGCACACUGGACGGAACCGGCCGGUUAUUUCUCCCGAGACGUUUAUACCAUGGAAUGAAAGAAACAGAAAACCAGGAUUGCCGUCUUCACCUCGUACGGCCCCAGUUUCUGAAGUCCAUCGACGUCCUGCGCUUUCUAACAGGUGGAUACCUGCACCUUCUACGCAUUCACUUUCUCCAGCCACAUCCACAUCGAGUGAGGAGACCGAUCGUUCACAACAAUACGAUGGACGAAGGUCUCAAGCUGUUGCGACAGAUCGUUAUUCCUCUGCUGGGACCAACAGACCCGUGCAAAAUGUUCCACAAUCAUCGAAUGACGAUGAGAGAGCACGAGCCAGGUUACGAAUAGAACAAGAAGCAAAUGAUUUGAAAAGGAAAGAGCAGGAGUUGCGAAGCACGAUCGGCUAUAGCAUCGCCAAGGACUCAACACUAAUGGCUACAACUUCACGGUUACAGAAUAAUCAGUACAGAGGAGCCAACUUUACUCCUUUUACUUUACCCAAGAACUAUCACAGUCGAAUCUCUUCGGAUGGGAACAACAAUGCAUUUGGUGUGCAGAAAUCCUCGGGAAAUCUUUACCAUAAUCGACAACCUGCUCCUAUACCUCAAGCAGCUCGGCAAUUCCAACCUUCACCGGUUCCCAAAACUGUAAACCCGAAUUAUGCCCGGGAAACUUGGAACGGUACAUUACAUUCCUCGCUCAUAUCCCUUAAGGCAAAUAAUGAUGAAGCGAUGCGAAUAGAAAGUUCGCCUUCACCAUCUCCAAAGCCUUCUCCACAACCCAACCGAAUGUCUCCGCUUCCUGAAGGCGAGAUUACCCAACCUGUCAAUCCUGGUGCCAAUCUAAUUCCGCCUAUGACUCAUAGGGCACCAUCAGCACCAAACCUUUCUGAAAAUAACAACGUCUCCAAGUUUUCACCGUCCAUGGUAAAGAAAAAUGCCUCUCCAUUUGAAGAAAAGCGAGAAAGUAAAGAUAUGGCUCCACUGACUCCAAAUGCGGGUUCAAAUAUUCGAAAAGUCAAGGAAGCUGUCAAACAGCAAACACUUAGUCAAAAAACUGCCGCCAAUUUGCUGCUUCAGAAGCAAACUACCACGCAUACUCCUCUUAAUCAAGUAACCAAGGCUUUCGAUAAGGAUAGAGUUGAAGCAAAUAAUAACAAACCAAAGGAAUCACCAAAACUUGGAAGAAACAAUAAUAUGGAUAGUGCAAGCACUGUUUCUGAAGAUGAAAUCAGCAAUAAUAUCGCUAAAGUAUUGAAAGAGGGUCUGUCCACAUUGAAGAAAACGGCGCCACCAGUAGAGAAGAGUGGAAUUGCGCUGGGAAGAGUGAUCGAAACAAAUCGCGUGGACGAUUCUUCGAGAACGCGACAUGAUGGUGGUGUGGGACAACAAACUCGUCCGUAUGGAAACGCUUCUAUUCCGACUCAAUCAACGAAGCCUGCUCCAGCAGAACCAGCAUUCGCUCCACCGCCACCAGCACCUGCUCCUCCACCGCCAGCUCCUGCACCUCCGGCGCCACCUCCACCGCCUCCUGCUAAUCUUAUGGCGUCCAAAACUCAAAGAAUCUCAAGCCAACCUCCUUCUUCGCAACGGGGAUUGGAAAAUCAAAGAACCAGAUCGGCACCUACCAUGAAUGGUCCGCGUGCGGCAAUGCCGGAUGUACGAGACAGUCUGAUGGCUGAAAUCAGAAAUGCUGGAGGGAUUCGCGCACUUCGCAAAGUUCCACGACAGCACUAAAGUCAAAACAGAGUUCUAUACAAAAUCAUCUUUUUCUUUGAUUUUAUAGUCCAUUAAACUUGAUAUGUGUACUGUUCUUUGUGAUUAUGAAACUUUUAUCCGAC